AUGGCCGAACCCAGACGCGACAGCAACGUAGACAAGGCCAAGAUCGACGACCAGCCCCGUUCUCCAGAGCAUUCAGGCCCUGCCGCGCCAGAGACCCAAUCGAGUACGGAGGACUCUGCCUACCCACCCCAGCGACAUGCAGGCGCUGUCGGUUACGGUCCUGAGUACGGCAAAGGAGCGGGCACCUCAGACAAGCUCCAGGGCUUCCAGGAGGAGGUCAAAGGCAAGGUGUUGCGCAAACCCGAUCUCGUGCAGCACGGGCAUGAAAUGCGUACCGGUCAGCUGAAGAAGAAGCAGCUGCAGGACGAUUUUGGCGGCGACGGCGGUCCUUUUGCAAAAGCUGGAGGGAAAGAUGAUGAAGAGGACGCUACCUCUAGUGACAGCAAACAGGAGGUCCAGGCUGCGACCACCGCUCCCGAAGGGACAGACAAGGCCGACAGGCAGCAGCAGGGGCAGAACACUGAUAAGACGAACUACAUGGGUAGCAGUUGA